AUGUUUGAUGGUGAAAUCGAAGAAGAGUAAAAAUUAGAAUUAUACAACAAGGAUUACAAUUACAAGUUAAACACCAUUAUUUUUAAUGUGGGUAAUUGCUUUCCAAAUUUUUAGUCAGAUUGUUAUUUACAAGACGAAUUGGAUUAAAUCAUGAAUAGUGGAGUAAUUUCAAUAAAAUUGCCAAUAUCUCAGUUUAACAUAUAAUCUAAAGAUAUGGAGUGGUCAUAUCAAACUUUUACUUUUUACACUUCCUCUAAUUUAGUUAACUAGCCAACAAUCGGGAUGUAAAAAUAAUAUGUCUUUGUAAAAGAUGGAAUGUUUAUUCAAUCCUAGCAUGUUUAUUAGUCUCCUGUGAGCUAUAGAGUUGAUAAUUCAAAUAUAAAUAGGACAUAUCUGGUAGAAAAUAAUAAGUAUGCUCCUUAUUUUAACUUGGAAUUAGAAAUAGAUUAAAAAUAUCAAAAGAUAAAUAUUUAAUAUCCAACUUUACCUUCCAUUUUAGCAUAAGUUAAUAGCGUUUUCAAUCUUUUAAUGGUUGUUGGUAUUAUAUUGAGAUACAUUUCAUUUAAAUCUAUUAAUUAGUACUUCUUUAUGAUUGCUUUACAGAAUAUGUUCUAGGAAACAUACUUCUGUAUUACUCAAAAUUAAAGUGGAAAGUAUUAAAGAGAUUAAAAAUAAUCUAUAUCCUAAGCAAAGUAUUUCGAAGAUAACUAAAUAAAAGAAAAUUUCUAAAAAUAAUUUUAGAUAAAAUAGAAUUUAAAAAACUCAAAUGACUAAGAAGAGAGCUAAGAAAUAAAUUUAGAAAAUUAUGAGAAUUAAUCAAUCUACUAGAACCAAUUUAAAGAAACUUAAAAUGGUGUUUUUGGACCAAAAAUUGUCAAAAAUUAAAAUGGAAUCUCAUAAAAUGGGAAUUUGUGUCAAGUAAAAAGAUAAUCUUAAUAAAAUUAAGAAACUAAAAACGAGCUUGAUAUGUUUAUGAUAAGCUUUUAGGAUAUAAAGACAGAUGAAAAUUAAUGCAUAAAGGAAAAAAUUAAUCUUUAAAAAUAAAAUUCAAUAUAUUCUCAAAAGCAAAUCUAAGUAAUUAACACCGAUUCAAUUAAAAUACUCUUCAAAGAUAUUUAACCAGCAGCUAAUUUCUAUAACUAACUAAAAUAGAAAAAUAAAUCCUCACCUAAACAAACACCUAAAAACAAGUUAAAGUAAAUUAGUAACACCUUAAUUCAGACAUAGUCAACAAAUCUCAGAUCUACUUAAAAUGAUUAUAAAGCAUAAAAAAGUGCUUAAGAUUCAUAAAAAAAGCAAUGUUGCCCAAAAAAAGAAAAAUAAUAGAAAAUAUUGGAAAGAAUCCUUUUUGGUUUUAAGAUGUUUAACAAGAAAGAACAAUUAGAAUCAAAAGGUUUUUCUUUGAGAGACAAAAAUAAUAUUUAAGAGCUAGUUGAAAAAGAUUUAGACAUAUAUUAAUUCUAUAAAGACAUAAUAUUUUUAAAAAAAGCAAUAACGAUUCUUCUAACACAUGAAUAAUUAGCUUCUCUUCAUCUGAUAGGGUGUUCAACUAAUUUAUUUGAAUUAACUAAGAAAAAAACUGGCAGCUAAAUUUUAGAAGAACCUAUUUUUAGGUCUUAAACCAUAAUAAACAACUCAGUUGAAUCAGUAGAUUUUUUUUCUAAUGUCUUUGCAUUCAGAAUGAGUUUUAGAGGUGCAUAAGAAUACCAAUUUUAAUAUAGUUAAAUUGAGUUAUUAGCUUAAUUUUAAAAUGGUACAAUAACCUAAUAGUUCUAGAUUAGUACAAAUAAUUGUUCAGAUCCUAAUUUAAUUGGAUAUUCAUGCUUAGGUGAUAUUAUAAUUGAAGAUAAUGAAUAUCAAAGUGUCUUAUAAUAAAAAUAAGAAUUAUAUGACAAGAAAAAUAACUAUAAAUUAAAUUAAGUCUUAAUAAUUAUAAAAGGUUGCAAUGCUUCUACUUCAUCUGAUUGUCCUUCUUAAGAUGAAAUAAAUGCUUUAAUGAAUAAAGGAAUUGUUUUUUUAAAACUACCAAUUUCUUAAUAUAAUACAUCAUAAAAAAGAAUGGAAUAAUAGUUUGAAACUUUUUCAUUUAUAACUUCUUCUGAUUAAAUUAAAACACCUUUCAUAAAUAUAUAAAAUUAAUUAACAAUAGUAAAGGAUGGUAUAUUUAUUCAAUCUGAAGAGGUUCAUUAAUCUCCUAUUAACUAUAACAUUGAUAAUCAAAAUGUUAAUAGAUAGUUCUUUUCUGACGAUCUAGAUUAGGCUCUAUAUUGCUUUAUAACAUUGUAAAUAGAUUAAAAAAUAUAAAAAAUAUCUAUUUAAUAUCCGACUCUGCCUCAAAUUAUAGCUGAAGUAAAUGGUUUGUUUAGCCUAUUAAUGGUUGUUGGCUUACUUAUGAAAUAUGUUUCUUUAAAAUCUAUGGAAAAACAUUUUUUUAUGAUUGUUUUAAAAGAUAUUUACCAAGAAACAUAUUUAUAAAUGCUUAAACGCAAUAAUUUAAACAUGCCAAAAAUAUUAAAUUAUAUUAAAAUAAGUAAAUAAAAUAGUUUAAUUUAAGGUAAAAGUGGCUAGUAAGAAGUUAGAGUUUAACAAAAUUUAAUAUUGGCAAACUAAAUUAAAGAGUAAAAACCUUCGAAAAUUGAUACUAAUUAAUUUUUAUAGAACUAAAAUAUAAUCAAUGACUAAGCAGACAGUCAAGAGAUUAAUCUAGAAAAUUAUGAAAAUUAAUCAAUUUAUUAGAAUUAAUUUAAAGAGCGAACAGAUGGAGUUUUUGGACCUAAGAUAGUUAAAAAUACAACUGACUAAACUGAAAUUUUACAUAAAGCAAAUGUUUAAACUUAAUGUAAAAAUGAACAUGACACGUUUAUAAUAAGUUUUUAAGAUAUCAAAACUGAUGAAAAUUAGUUUAUUACAAAAACACAUUUCUAAAACUAGCAUUCAAUAUUUUCUUAAAGGUAAAUAUAAGCGAUAAGAAACGAAACAAUAAAAAUACUCCUUUAAGAUACUUAAUAAGAUAAAAAUAUUGAUAAAUCAAAAAAGUAAAUCGAUGAUAAUUUAUCGUAACAAAAAUCUUAAGCUUAAAUAAAAAAUAUAUGCGUUUUGACUUAAACAACAAAAGAAUAAUUUACUUAAAAUUAGAAAAAAUUAAAUAAUAAAACUCAUGAUAAUUAAAAAGAGAAUUGCAAUAAUUAAUAAGAAGAGAACUCAAAAAAACUUGAAAAAAUAAUUCAUUCUUUUAAGAUUUGUUAAUAAGAUAAAUACUUAAAAUCAAAAGGCCUUCCUUUAAUUUAUAAAAAUAUGAUUUAAGAGCAAAUUGAGAAAGAUUUGGAUAUAUAUUCAUUAUAUAAAGAUUUAAUAUUCUUAAAAAAGGCUAUAGCAAUACUUUUGACAUAAGAACAGAUAGCCUCUAUCAAUUUAAUUGGGUGUUCUGUUGAUUUUUAAAAUCUGACUUAAAAUAUCAGUAAUCAUCAAACAGAAGAAGGUUUAAAUAAUCAUUUUGAGUAAUCUCUUGCAAUUUUAAUGUCAGAUGAAUUGUAAACCAAGUUUAUGCAAAAUUUUAUAGAAAGAUGCUCUAAUUCAGAAAAUUUAGAUGAAAUUGAUAAAAGAAUUUUAUCUUCUAUAUGCAAAAGUUAUCUAGACUGA